AUGACUUCUCGCAUUCCGCAAAAUUAUGGAAUCUAUAAUUUUACUCAAGAUUACAACUACAAUAAUUGGAAUGUAUUAUUCACUUAUCUGUACACAAAACCUAAAUUUUGGACAACAAAACCUCCAAAAACAUCAAGUUAUCAUCACACAUUGACUUCUGUCGAAGAAUUAAGUUCAACGAUUAGCUCAAAUAUUCAGUCAAUAACUUAUACUGGCUCACAGCCAACUUCUAGCUCGAUGACUCAAGUAACUUCAAGUUUUGUCAUACAGCCAACUUCGUCUUCAACCUUAGAAACUCAAACAUCAACAAGUUCUGUCAGUCAGCCAACUUCUUCUAUAAGUUUAGAAACUCAAACAUCGACAAGUUCUGACAGCCAGGCAACUACGUCCACAAGCUUAGAUACUCAAACAUCGACAAGUUCUGUCAUUCAGUCAACUACGUCCACAAGCUUAGAUACUCAAACAUCGACAAUUUCGGACACUCAGGCAACUACAUCCACAAGCUUAGAUACUCAAACAUCAACAAUUUCGGACAGCCAACCAACUACGUCCACAAGCUUAGAUACUCAAACAUCUACAAGAUCAUCUCGAACUUCAACAUCAUCUUCAAGUUUAGAAACUCAAACAUCUACAAGAUCAACUCGAACAUCCCGUGAGCCACAAUCUUCAACUUCGCCUCGAACAUCAACAUCCCGUGGGCCACAAUCUUCUAACAGCUCUUCAAGCUCCAACAAUAAUUAA